UAUUAACCUUGUCGCCAGGGGUCGCUGUUUCUCCGGCAGGCUGUCGUUGUUUUCCGGUGACAGUCGAGAGAAAAUGACAACAUCUGAUAGGGCCCUUUCCUCAUUUAGACUGAGAACAAAAAACGACCAAAAGUAAGGAAUUUUGACUUAGCGCUGUCUCUUUUCGUGCUCAAGAUUUAUGCGGACGUUAUCGACAGUGAGAGUAGUAAUAAGGCAAGUCUGUUCGUUUACUUUAAAUGAUAUCAUAUCUAAUUUUCACUAGCUAAGCUAGCUUAGCUAGCUUUCAGGCUAACGUCACUUCUCGACUUUUCAGUCUCGUAGUUUGACAGAAGGAUCUUUUAGAUUUAGGAUCCUGUGUUUGGGGAGUUUUUUUUUCUUUAUGUACCACUGGGAGCUCCAGCAGCAUGGCAGAUGACAAAGACGUGCUGAGGGAUGUUUGGUUCGGCCGCAUACCUACCUGCUUCACCCUCAACCCGGAUGAAGUCACUGAGAGAGAGGCAGAACCAUACUAUCUGCUGUUGCCCAGGGUGAGCUACCUGCCUCUGGUUACAGACAAGGUGAAAAAACACUUCCUUAAAGUGAUGAGGACAGAGGAUGUGGAGGAGAUAUGGUUUGAGCACGAAGGAACACCUCUAAAAUGGCACUACCCAAUUGGAGUUCUGUUUGACUUCCAUGCUUCAAACACGGUCUUACCUUGGAGCAUCACUGUGCACUUUAAGAAUUUUCCAGAUGUAGACCUCCUUCACUGCCCGUCCAACUCGGUGGUGGAGGCACACUUCAUGUCCAGCAUCAAGGAGGCCGACGCCCUGAAGCACAAGAGUCAAGUGGUUAAUGACAUGCAGAAGAAAGACCACAAACAGCUGUGGAUGGGCUUGCAGAACGAUAAGUUUGACCAGUUCUGGGCCAUGAACAGGAAGCUGAUGGAGUAUCCUACAGAGGAGGGCGGCUUCAGAUACAUUCCCUUCAGGAUAUACCAGACAACAAGCGACAGACCGUUCAUCCAAAAACUGUUUCGGCCCGUUUCCACGGAAGGCAAUCCGCACACGCUCUUUGACCUGCUGAAGGAGAUGUGCCCAGACGCUCUCACAAAAGAUGGCGAGGAAAAGCGUUUCCAGGUGGUGAUCCACGGAAUCGAACCUCUGCUGGAGACUCCUUUGCAGUGGCUCAGCGAGCACCUCAGCCACCCCGACAACUUCCUCCACAUUUGCAUCAUCCCCACUCCCACAGACUGAGGCCUCACAGCUCAGUCAGACCAACACGGGGUUGCAGCCCCUGGUGGAGACAGUGAACUAAAAGUCUCCAACCUUGAAGGUUGGACGUGAGGUAUUUAAAAAACCUCUUUUUUUUCCCCCAACGCGGCUGCUUUUUGCUCUCUCCUGUCACCUCUACAUCUCUCUGCUUCUCAAAAACUUGUUAUAAGACAAAAUUAACUUCUUUGAGCAGAGAUGACAGAACGAGAGGACCACCUUUUUCCUCUUCAAGCGGCACAUCUUUUCUUUCUCUAAAUAAAGAAAUCAUCACAGGUUAAAGGAAAUGAAAGGUUUUCUCUUUCCUGCUGAGCAUCCUCCUCCUGACCUUAUCAAAGAAGACGAAGAAUACUGGUUGUGAUGCAUCAAGUCCUGCUGACGUUGCCUUAGUUACUGCACACUUGCAUUCCGAUUUACAAGAACCACUGAGUUUACACUGCAGCUCACAGAACUGUAAAUCCAUCAACUGUAGCAUUAAUGUUCAAAUGCUUUAUUUGUCUCAAAUCAGAUGAUAUUUUUCAGCAUACCCUGAAAAUGUUUUGGUUUUAUUCUAAAUAUUUUCUCUGCAAAAUCCUUCAUAAAUUCAGUUUCAAGUGUUAACCCUUUAACUCCUGUGGCGUAGCUGGUGAUGCUUAAACGCAAAAUCUUUAACAUACUGUAAUUUUUUAAUUGUCACCACCUUCAGAAUCUGCUGGAGUUACGUUGAUUGUGGUAACAAUUAAAAAAUUACAGUAAAUUGAAGAACAUAAACACUGGCGCUCCAGGGUUAAAGGGUUAAGCUGUGGUUUUUAGUCUUAAUAAGCAUCAGAAAACUGUUUGAUGUUGAACACAAUGUCCUUGAGUUCCAUUUUUUUCCAUUUGUUUUUGUUCUUAAAUUGCUCACAUGGCGCCCACUUGACAGUGUAAACCCAUGAGGAUUUAAAACGAAGCAAAAUAAAUAAGAAAUGUUUGGUUUAUGAGUUAAAAGAGGCCUGUAGUUUUCUGUUUUAGAAAACAAAUUAAGCAAAAAUGAUGAAGAUUUGAACAAACUUCAAGCUGUUCUUAAGCUUAAACAUUUUUAAUGUGGGGAUUAUGGGAAACAAAAACAUGUUCCCAAACAGGUGUUGAUUUCUCUCCAUCUCUACAACACCUCCAGCUGGUUUACUGUCUGCUUUUUGUGAGAUCUGGCUCAAGCUGCCAAAUUUAAAUGAGCAUCUGCUUUUGAUUUAUCAAAAAAAAAACCUCAGCUAAGAUGACGAGACUAUUAGCUUUAACGCGCUGCAGCCAAGCUCUGCUCUUGCUGUGUACGCCUUCAUUUAAAGACCCACUCCAACCAUCUAAAAUUCCCAGUGGUCUUUUAAUUAUGAUAAUGCAGUUUUUAAGCUAAAAUAGUUAAUUUAAAAAAGUGUCAUUUUAAGGACAUAGUUUCUGCAGAGUGGCAGUAUUUCAUUAGAAAUUCGCCCCUAAGUCGUGGGCGGGACCGUUGGCCCCUCUUCCUCUCCCCGUCGCUGAGAGCUUGAAUCAUUAGGCUUGAGGGUUGGUCCAGGACGUUUUCUACUUCACGAAAAAGCUAUUUCUCAAACAUUUGUUUCCCCUCUGUUCCUGUUUGACAAGAAUUUGAAUAAAGAAAUACUCAGAAAUACAAUUUUAAGCUUAAUUUUCUUUAUAUAUGUCCUCCAUCAUCAUCAGAAUAUUGCCACAAGAACAUGUUAAAAAUUUUCAUUGGAGUGGGUCUUAAAGUUUUUGUACACCAACAAAAGUGACACUUACAAAUAAAGCAUUAUUUAAAUGACGAUUUUAUACUGACACAGAUUACAGAGUGAUGGGUGUAAAAUAAGUUCAAGUUCUGACAUGAGAUAAGUUUGUUAGAUUAAAUAAAGUUUCUUUACACUUUCA